CUUUUGGAAAUGAGUGGGAAGCUAGAAGAAAGGGAACGUCCAAAACCAAACGCAGCUGUUGCAGCGUCGCUUCAUUUUUACACGUCGACUUUGCCUUGCGGGGAAGCUGCUCUCUGCCCUACGUCAGCUGAUAGGACCGAUUGCAACCGGACGGGAGCAAAGAAAAUGACGUGGUCAUUUGGCUCUGCUCCUAUAGGAGAAGGAAUUGGAGAAGAAAAAUACACGACUACUUCUACUGCCAUCGCCAAGAUGAAGAAGUACGACGCCAAUCUAGACAUAAACAAUGUUAGCGACCGAGGAGCCUUGCGCACCAAGCCGAUUGACUCUAGGCAUGACGAAAGUCUAAGAUCGACGUGCAUGAGCUGUUCUGAUAAGAUCAUGCGCUGGAACCACUGCGGUUGGGGUGGAAUCGGAUGCCUCUCCAUGUCAAGCAUAGUGGUGGGCGGCAGCCUAUUUGAAGAAGAGCAUGUAGCAAAUGCCCUCUUUCGACGUGGUGAGAGCUGCUCUAAGCCUGUACUUCUCGACGAAGAAGAGCAUUAUAUCCCUGAUGAAGAACCGAAAAGGCGUAAACUUUCAGCAGAAGAAGGCAGGACGCUAGAGCGAGUGGAUGAGCAGCCAGCAGUACCUGAUAAAAGCAUGCGACAGCCACGUUUUCUUCAUACUGAGCGACAAUUCUCUAUGGGUAAGCCUGAUACCAUUUCAAAGAAUCCUGCAGCUCUGGGUCUGGGACAAUUGGCAUCUUCCGCAUCUACUUCUUCGACUUGUGGCUACUCGAUCGUUUUUGUCGAACAGCAGUCAUUUUCUGAUGGCGUGACAUGUAGUUCUACAUCGACUGGAUCCAAUACACCCGAAGUGCCAAGAAAGAUAAGUGGCAGAGACGUGCAUGAAGUUCUGCUUUCUGUCCAGGGUAUGAAGCAAGGUGGCGACAAAGCGCGUAAAGCCGGACGAGACCUUAGAAAAUUUGAGAGCGCUUUGUGUCCCAGAAGGCUGAAAGAUUCCCGAGAAAUGGCGUCAGUUGAAAGACGGGAUUUCUUCGAAGAAUAUCGAAGACGGAAAGAAAUAUUUCAUAGAGUAGUUCCACUAGCACAGUCCUGGAGAAAUGUGUCAAAGUGGAAAGAUAGAACCUCAAGCGAAAGAACAACAGAUCAUCUGGAAGAACAAGAAAGAUCUACGUAGCAUUUCUUCUCACGAAUGUGGAGAUAAAAGUGGAGGAACUUUUUAACCAGUUCCUCUCUCCUUCCUAGCGACUUCAGC